CAUUUUUGGGAAAUAGAUCAAAUGACAUCUAGUCUGCCUUUUCCUUUCCAAAGAUGACCCUUUCCCUCCGCAGCCUGCAGUAAUCCCCACGUAUUCUAUGAUCUAUAUUCUAUUGCCACGCCUAUUCUUCGUCUCCUCGCUUCUCCUGUUCCUCCUUCCGUAGAAAAACCAAAGCAAAUAGUACCCAAACUAUGGCCGGCGCAGCCAAACCCGUCUCCGGCAUCCGCAGCAAACCACACUUGAAACACUUCAACGUAAUCAACAUCACUCUCAUCUUCCUCCUCUGUUCCAUCUCCUACCUCGUCGGCGUUUGGCAACGCAGCGGCGCCACCACUGCAUCCACCACCACCACCUCCCUCAUCGCCACCGUUCCCUGCGACCGAAUCGACGUCUCCCUCCCCACCUCCUUAUCCUCCGAAACAACAUCCCAACUCGACUUCACCGCCCACCACAGGGCCGAUGACUCCCUCGCUCUGGUUUCGGCAAUCCGCCACUUUCCACCGUGCACCGCCGAGCUUUCCGAAUACACUCCUUGCGAGGACGUACACCGUUCCCUCAAGUUCGUGCGCGACCGUCUCAUAUACCGUGAGCGGCACUGCCCUGCAAAGGGCGAGCUUCUCAAGUGCCUUAUUCCGGCACCGCCGGGUUAUCGAACUCCGUUCUCGUGGCCGGCGAGCAGAGAGCUUGCCUGGUUCGCUAACGUGCCGCAUAAGGAGCUCACUGUUGAGAAAGCGGUGCAGAACUGGAUAAGAGUUGAGGGCGACAAGUUCCGAUUCCCCGGCGGCGGCACCAUGUUUCCCAAUGGUGCGGACGCCUACAUCGAUGAUAUCAAUCGCCUCAUCUCUCUCAGCGACGGCUCUAUCCGCACGGCGAUCGACACUGGUUGUGGGGUGGCAAGCUGGGGAGCUUUUCUUCUCUCGCGGAACAUCCUAGCCAUGUCUUUCGCUCCGCGGGAUUCUCACGAGGCGCAGGUUCAGUUCGCUCUCGAGCGAGGCGUGCCGGCGAUGAUCGGAGUCAUGGCUUCCAAUCGCCUUCCUUACCCCUCUCGGGCUUUUGACAUGGCGCACUGCUCCCGCUGCCUCAUCCCUUGGCAUCAAUAUGACGGGCUAUACCUGAUCGAAAUCGACAGAAUUCUCCGGCCUGGUGGGUACUGGAUCCUCUCCGGCCCGCCUAUCAACUGGAAGCGACAUUGGAAAGGGUGGGAGAGAACACAGGAAGACCUGAACGCAGAGCAGAACUCCAUUGAAUCCAUUGCACGAAGCUUAUGCUGGAAGAAGAUAAAGGAGAACGGCGACAUCGCUAUCUGGCAAAAACCCACCAACCACGUUCACUGCAAAAUCAACCGUAAGAUCAUCAAGCUCCCACCUUUUUGCUCCUCUCCGAAUCCGGACUCCGCUUGGUACAUAAAGAUGGAACCUUGCAUCACCCCCCUCCCCGAAGUCGAUAACAUCAAAGACGUUGCCGGCGGCGAGCUCAAAAAAUGGCCUGAGAGACUCAUGGCCGUGCCUCCAAGGAUAGCAAGUGGCAGCAUCGUUGGCAUCACCGCAGAUAGCUUCAGGUUGGAUUCUGAACUGUGGAGGAAGAGAGUAAAUCAUUACAGGAGCGUGAUUCCGCAGCUUGGGGAGGAGGGAAGAUAUCACAACCUGCUUGACAUGAAUGCGAAGCUCGGCGGCUUCGCAGCCGCACUUGCGGACGAACCGGUAUGGGUGAUGAAUGUUGUCCCAACAGAGGUGACUACCAACACACUUGGCGUCGUAUACGAGCGUGGAUUGAUCGGAACGCACCAAGACUGGUGUGAGGCAAUGUCAACAUAUCCAAGGACCUAUGAUCUUCUCCAUGCUGACUCCUUGUUUACCCUCUAUAAAGAUAGGUGCGAGAUGGACGAUAUACUUCUCGAGAUGGAUAGGAUUCUGAGGCCCGAGGGGACAGUGAUUAUACGAGACGAUGUGGAUGUUGUGAUUAAGAUAAAGAGCAUCACAGAAGGGAUAAAAUGGGAGGCUCAGAUAUUGGACCAUGAGGAUGGCCCUCUUCAAAGGGAGAAGCUUCUUUUGGCAGUGAAGACCUACUGGACUGCAGAUGCCAAAGACCAGAAGGUUUCGGGUGCAAUUUCAUAGUUGUUAAGGAGCUUUUUUAAUUAUUAUUUUUCCAUUAAUUGUUAUUAUAUAGUUGAGUCAAAUGGCUGUGUAUUUGUUUCCAAAUAAAUACUAGCGCGGACCAGAUAGAUGCAGAUUUGAUAGGUAUUGUGAUGAAAUACCACCACAAUACCAACAAAUACCAUCGAAUAACAACACGAAUUCACAUGUGCGGAUUCCGCACGAAAUAUUGGUUAUGUAAUUUCAUUUUUUAUGAGGGUGGGAUUCUUUAUGUAUCGCUCAACUGCAACGGCAAGUUGGAGUUUGGACGGACCACAAGUAUGUAUCUUAUCAUUAUUAUUAAUUUUA